AUGUAUUUUAUUAUUCCCGGGCGGUUAACAUUGGAUGACCUCGGAUUCCUGCAAAUUCAAAAUGUAUACGGGAAACCUGGUACUAUUACCGCUUGUUUUUUCAAAGGUAUCAUUGUUGAUGAAAGUGCUUUACAGAAUAAACCAGAAUUCGAAGUUAAACAAGUGAAGAUUAAAGAUUCGGCUGAUAUUAAGAAUAAGGAUAUUGGUUUUACUACUGAUUUUGAUGCCAUGGAUGCGAAAAUUCAUCCUUCGACUGUAACAAAAAUUAUUGAUUUAAACCCCCUUGCUGUGUUACAUCUUCACUAUCGUUCUGGAGAUUGGCUGACUAAUAGAGGAUUUUCUUUACCGAUUUUAUGUACCGACAAAGAAAAAAAUGAAAAGAUUGUAAAUUCGAAUACCAUUGAGGAUGAUAGUAAAUUUGCAAAUGAUUUUCAAGAAAUCAUUGUUGAACAAACCAAAAAUAUUGACGAGGUUUCAAAAGAAAUUCCAAUAAUCAUGAAGGUUGAAAACAAUAAAACUAAAUCUAAAAAAGUCGACAUAAUUCCAGAGAAAUCUCAAGACAUAAUGGAUAUCAAUGUUGAUCAAAUGAAAGAAGACAAAAUCAUAGAACAAGCAAAUAAAAUCGAUGAAACUCCAAUAUCUACAAAAGAACUCAUAGUAAUUGAAAACGACAAUAUAGAAGAAGAAAAAAAGAUUGAUGAAAUUCCAAAAGUAUCAAAAGAAAUCAUGAAAAUUGAAAACACCAAUGUAGAACAAGCAAAAAAAAUUAACGAAAUUCCAAAGAUAUCACAAGAACUCAUAGAAAUUGAUAACAAUAUAGAACAAACAAAACAAAUGGGUAAAACUCCAGAAUCGCAAGAACAGCUUAAACCUGACGCAGCAUUGACUUGA